AUGAUAGUAGUCUUGGGAUCAGGUACUCUUCCAGACUUGCAAAACUUCUCAAACGUUUUCAGACAUUUUACUGAAGACUCUACAUGUUCUGUGGCUUUUCUCGCUCGGUUCCAUCCUCGUCAAUUGUGUUAGUUUCAGAUCGGAACAUCUUUUGGAUCAUGAUCAUAUUUCAGGCAAAGAAGAAAGCCGAGAAGGGUCUUGAAAAGACGGAUAGUCAGCAGAGUUUGGCCAAGAGCGGAGCAAAGACGCCGAAAAAAAAGGGGACGACGAGUGGGAGUGCUAAGAAUGAGGACGAGGAGGGUGAGAGCGCUCUGCCGGACUACUUCAGGAGCUAAAACACUUUCAGACGACGUCCAAUUCAACCUGAAGCUGAAGCCGGCCGAGCAGAAACGUGACGAAUUCGACGACGACGAAGAGAAUCCGCUGGCGAAGAUUCCGACAAAAGCACGGCUUCCGAAGACUCCGGGCGCUCCGAGCACCGUCGAUCCGGAACGUCCGUUCUUGGCGCCAACGAGAAGAUGAACAAUAACUCUUGCUAUGUAAGAGUCCUCGGCGGAGCUGUUUAACUUUACUCUUUUUCAGGUAAAGUCGCCGGCAGUCAAGACGUGAGAAAUCUGAAAUUAGACCCCUUUUAAUACUUUCCUUUUCUAUAAAUCUGAUUCAAUUGUUCAAUUUCUUGUCUCUAGACCGAAGAACGCAUCUUCUCACAAAGAGCUCGAAAAGUUUUCGGAUAUCAAACAAAAAGAGAGUGACGUAGACACUCGAAAAGUCAUUUGAAAACAGUCUCCUGUUACGAAUUGUCUGACGGACAAAAAGUGAGUGCCGGGAGAGCAAACUACAAACGAAAACUGAGAAGUUGAAUAGACUUAGUUGUUCUCACCACGAAUUCAUUAAAACAAUGAACUUCUGUUUGCCAUUAUGAAAAGCUCGGUUACCUCAUAAGGUCUUAUUCAUUAUUCAAGUAAGUUCUCAAGCUUUGUUGCCCACGCCAUCACGAACUUUCCCAUUGUUUUUCUGAGCCGCGACGGGGCGGAAACAAUUAAAAGUGUUCGCACACACAAUAUUUUCUUAAUCUUUUCGACAACUUUCUCUUUCUGAAAUGCGACCGAGAUUGAAAUCGGAGCCGCGGCAGUCAAAGAUCAAAUGUCCGAACAAAGUACUGAAAACAUGCGAUGAGUUUGAGAUUUGAGCUAAAAUGAAACUGAGAGAAGCUGAUCUUGUUCUUCUGCAGCAGGCUUCGAAUUCAAACCCUCUCUCCAAUCUCCUUUUUGCAAUUAACCGCCCUCUUCACACUUUGUUUGUCGAGUCCAAAACGAAACGGAGAAGGGCCUUGAGCCGCCCUUCUCAGAGCUCUGUGAGACAAACAAAACAGGCAAAGGAGGGGGUGGGGAGGGCAGCUUUCUUUGGGCUCUCACACUCGAGAUGCUACUGAAACACAGCAAGUACUUCUCACUUCUUCUACUGUUUCUCUUUGCCCAAUGUACUUGUGUGGACUAGAAAUCCAAACGGGGAAAACUAGUCCUCAAUCUUCAUCCUCCGUUUGAAAGCGGUCACCUUUUUUGAGAAAACUUGUUAACUUUUAUAGCUUUUCCCUAGAGAAGCCUUGAAAUCUCUACUAUGACCGAGAAAUCCGUGCCGUGAAACCUAGUCCCUCAUCUUGUGAAUCUCACCAGUGGCCUAGAAAAUCCAAACAUUUUGAACUCUAACUGGAUUGCCGCAAAGUCCACAAUACUUGAAAGUAUUUACACGGCCGAGCACUUUUCUAGGCCACAUCAAACUAUAAUGUAUGUCCAGAAUCUUUUGUGCUCUCCAAUGCUCUAAUUCAUUUUUCAUUUCAUUUCCCCCCUCUUUUUCCUCAAAAUUGGGUUACGUACACACGUAUUCGCGCCGUCGCCAAUUGCCUUUUAUGCUUUCCUUUUCCUCAGUUCUUUCUUGCAAACGCGUGUGAUGUGUCGUCGAUUUCGAUGCAUACCAUAUUCGAUAUCCAAUUGCAAAUAUGCACUUGACAAAAGUGAAUUAGGGCUCGAAUGUCAGCGGCUCAUUACAAUAAAACUGACGUAAGGACCCUCAUCCGAAGCGGUUCCGAUUACGGCUCCAGCUCCUCCAAUUUCAGCAUUUCCAGACUUUAGCCGCUUUUUUGUCUGGCUGAUUGGCACCUUGGUGGAGUGGCUCAGAAAGAUUCCUGAGAGCACAUUAGUUAUGCUCUCUUUUGUGCUCAUUUUCAUUCUCAAGUUCUGAUCUCUGGAAUCUCUGGAAUCUCUCUCACAAACUCUAAUUACUCCCACUCCUUCGUUUUCGAAUUGGCCUUCUGCUCAUUAUACUUUCAGAUGCCGGAAGUUUCGCACAUUCACGUGUUUCCGCUUUGAUGCACUUGAAAACACGUGAUCCUACUUCUUAGACUACUGUAGUUCAUGAAAAGUACAGUACUCUUCGCAAAACGAAUAUUAUAGUUCUAGAAGUGCUCGUUCAACGCAAAACCUUUCACUUUCACCUUGCUCAUUGAUCUUCUGUUACUCUUUCUUUUUUCUUUUCUUCCACUUAAUUGCUCCCGUCAUUCUCGUCAGUUUUGUUUGCAAAAAGAAAAGAAAAUCUUUCAUGCGAUUUUUACCGAACCAAUAUAUCUCAGCUGACUGUAGAGAUAUCAAAAAGUUGUCAACUAACAAUUUAUUUAUUGAAAGAUUUUGUACAUUUUGUUAGUUAACAAUGUUUUGAUAUCUCUACAGUCAGCUGAGAUACAUUGCUUAGAAUAUGCGGUAUUACGGUGCCUUUCUGUUUUGCUUUGAACAGCUCAUGUUCGAUCAUGUUCUGCAACUCAAUAGUAGUCGGUUCCCAGGCCAAUUAUAAGAAUUUUCAAGCCCUGUUCGUUUUCAGUACCUUAAGCUUUUGAUGACCGUAACCUGUUCGUUCAGAAUGGAAACGAACCAGUCGAAAUGCGCGAGCCCGGACCAAAUGGUGCUCCAAACCUCGCUGCUCCUCCGGAUAAACGUGCUCUUCAUGUGCACCCUGGCCCUUCUCACCUUCUUUUUGACGUACCGAGCCCUGUUCAUUCUGAAACGACGUCCGAUCUUCCACAAGUCGACCAAGAUUCUGCUCUACACAAGUUUGGUGUUCGUCAACGUUCAUGAGAUCAUUUUCAUGAUUAUUCAGGUUGGUUUCCGAGAGAAAACAAGUGUAAGUGAGUGUUUCAGAGCGUCGCACUCGUCCGAAGCUUCACUUUACAAAAUGAGCCGUGCGAAAUCAUGCGGACGACUUUGGAGUGCAAGUUUCAGAAUCAUGUGCUUAUUUUUGGUAUCGCUGCGAUCAAUUUCAAUCAAUUCGGAUUGACGAUCGAUCGGUAAGUUCCAACAAAAUAUUGCAAAAUAUCAAACGGAAAUUUCAGACUCCUGGCUACAGUAAUCCCUCAAGCCUACUCAAAAAUGGGAUCAUUACCCGGGAUUCUAUUAGCUUUAGUUGUUGUGAGUACAAAACGAUAUAUCUCAGUUCUGGGUGAAGAUAUCAAAAAGUUGUCAACUAGGAAAAUGUUCAGUGAGAUAUUGCGUAAAUUUUGUCAGUUGACAACUUUUUGAUAUCUCUACCGGCAGCUAAGAUAAACCGUCUUGAAUAAAAGGUAUUUUACAGUUUGCGAGCGCUGUCGCCGCUCCGCUCGUGAUCGCAAUCGGAGAUCCGUACGACGACAUCGUGCCCAACUGCUUCUUCUUUCCGCAACAUUCCGCUCCGAAAGCCAACAUCUUUCUGAUCAUUUUGAGCGUUCUGGUGAUCAUGAGCAUUCUAUUCAACUUUAUCAUCAUUUUUGUGAACAAAAAGUUGGAGAAAAGGUCAGUUUUGUUUGAAUCCUAUAGAAAGGAAGCAUUAUUUGUGAUUACAGUACUCGAUUCUACGUGGCUCAGAGAUAUCAGAAGCGCGAAGCGUUGAUAUCCACGAGGAUCGUCUCUUACAUCGCCGCUUCACAGUUUUUGGGACUCGCAUUGUACUCGACGAUUGUGCUGACUUUGCGAUUGCACAAAGACAUGAUUCCCGUCUCCAUUUAUCAUAAUAUCGUCUGGUGGGCCUAUGUAAGACAGUCUCUGUGAGGGGACAUCCGAAUAUUGUCCAACUUUCAGACGGUCCCGUUCGCGGCAGUCUCGCUGCCAGCACUUUUAAUCCAUCGCAUCAAUCAGGUCGGGUUCAACCGCAAACGGGUCAUCAAUCGGAUCACUGCCAAGGUGGAAACUCAGGAGGAACAUAUGAAAUCACUCAAGGAACUUUGGGGUUAA